UAGAAAACUGUAAUAUUUUUUGGAUGAUUAUUGGAAACCCUUCAAAAUUAUCAGUUUUUAGUCCAAAAAAUAGAAGAAAUAUUAUAGUUAAAUAUUGUAAAAGAUCAAUCACAUUACAACCUAAACAAUUAAAUUAUCAUGUUGAAAUCCCCUUUCCAUUAUUGCAAGAUGAAUUCAUUUUUUUUAAUACAACUUCUAAAGGGUUUGAACUUAGAAGUACCGUUAAGUUAAUUAGAUGGAACCAUAACUCUAUUGAUAUUAAUUUUGAUCCUCAACUUAAUAAUGAAAGUAAUUCUUUAGCAAAUACUGAAAUAUCAAAUAAUAUAGACAUAAAUAUUUGUAUUAUAUCUUCAUAUUCUGUAAAUUUAAAGAUUGAUAAUAGAAAAGAGGAAUAUCCUUUAAAUCGAAUUGGGGAUGUUCUAAUUGCUCCUGUAGUAUCAUCAUUUCAAGAAUUACAUAUUCAAAAUCAAGAUGAAACUCCUUCAGGAAAAGAUAAGUAUUCAAACAUGGUAACUAGAAAAAGAAAUAUGAGGCAUAUGAGAAAUAUACAAAAACUAUAUGUUCAAGAUCAAGAUGAAGCUCCUUUAAGACAAAGUAAAUAUUCAAGCAUGGUAACCGUAAGAAGAAAUAAGAGAAAUUUAAUACACGCCAUAACCCAUCCAACCUAUCCAAUUAUUGGUAAUUUUGUGGACCAACUUCGUAAUGGGAGUCCCUUUCUUUAGUGUAUAGUUAUAUAUGUUAUGUAUAUUGAGUGUAUAUUUAUUAAAAUAAGAACCUACAAAGAUCGAAAUUUUUAUUUAUUCUGUUUUAUUUAUUUUAUU